AUGACCGACGUUAUAACCAUAAACCAGAGCGAGAACCUCAGACAUGAUGGUGACCUAACAGAGCCAUGUGGUGGGCGGGACUGCUCCACCUGUCAGUGUUUCCCAGCCAAAGGAGCAAGGGGUGCUCCAGGACCUCUGGGUCAGCCAGGCUCUCAGGGACCCCUGGGCUUCCCGGGCCCUCAGGGGCCUCCAGGAGAGAAGGGCCAGAGAGGAGAUGAAGGGCCGACGGGAGCUGCGGGCCUGAAAGGACAAUUGGGAAUUCUUGGCGUCCCUGGUUUUCCUGGUUUAGAUGGACUCCCGGGUCACACAGGACCUGGUGGAGGUCCUGGACGUCCGGGUCUGGAUGGAUGUAAUGGAACCAAAGGAGACCCAGGGAGGACUGGACAUCUGGGAGAACAAGGACGUAAUGGACAACUGGGUUUUCCAGGACCAAAAGGAUUUCCAGGAGAUCCAGCAGUGUACUUUAUACAGUACCCUGGAGUAAUUGGAGACGCUGGGCCCACUGGACUUCCUGGUCUGCGGGGAGAAGAUGGCCUCCCAGGACCGAUGGGAGCUGUGGGUCCUUCAGGGCUGAACGGCACCAACGGGGAAAGAGGUCGAUCUCUGCCUGGACAGAAAGGAGAUGAGGGGGAUCAGGGCCAGCAGGGACCUCCAGGACCAUUUGAGUAUGUCGAUCCUCCAGAAGACCUCUACAUCAAAGGAGAAAAGGGCUCCCGGGGCAUUAAAGGAGUUUGUGGAUUUGAUGGACUGCCGGGUCUGGACGGGCCACCCGGGAUGGAAGGAGAGAAGGGGAUUUUGGGGCCUCCUGGACCAAGGGGGCUUUCUGGAAAACCUGGACUGCCUGGAAAAAAAGGAGUUAAGGGAAUCCAAGGAAGCUCAGGUCUCCCAGGUCUGAUUGGACAAGAGGGUCCUAAGGGCGUAAGAGGAGACCGUGGUCCUAAAGGCCCCCCCCAGCAGGCAGACAUCACAUACACUGGUCAAGUUGGGGAACCUGGGUCACCCGGCCUGAGGGGCCCACAAGGAAACAUGGGGCAGAUGGGAAUAACUGGCCCCCGAGGAGCCCCUGGUAGAUCAAUACCUGGACCGGCAGGAGCUGUAGGUCAGAAGGGAGUUUCAGGGUUCAAGGGGAACAGAGGAGACCCAGGUCCAGUAUCUGCAAAGGAACCCACACUUGGAGAGCCUGGAAAACCAGGCCACCCUGGACUCAGAGGGCCUAAAGGAGAGCCAGGCACUCCAGGUAGUUACUGUCUUCCUGGAGUUUCAGGACUGCCUGGUGACCCAGGUGUGCCAGGGCCCUCAGGGUACCAGGGCUUCCGGGGACUUAAAGGUAGUCGUGGCGACUGUUCUUGUGGCCCUCCUCUCGAGCUAAGGGGUCGACCUGGCCUUACAGGUGACUUUGGGUCUCAAGGGGUUCCAGGAUUCCCAGGGCUCCCAGGUCCUCAAGGAGAGAGAGGUCUACCUGGAGACACAGGAGAGAGGGGUGAACAGGGUUCAGGCGGAUUUCCAGGUGUCAAAGGCUUUAAAGGACAGAAAGGAGGUUUCAGAGUGGUGGAUACUGGAGGUGAAAAGGGAAACAAGGGCCAGCAAGGCCCGGUAGGCCCACGAGGAUUCCCAGGAAGAAGAGGACAGAAUGGGGCACCAGGGAUCCCUGGAAAUCCCGGUUUUCAGGGUGAAAGUUUUCCCAGUUCCCCAGGAGAAAGAGGCUUCCCAGGACUUGUAGGGCCAGAGGGAUUUUUAGGACCUCCAGGUCCCCAGGGACAAGGUGCAAAUGGAGCAGUAGGAGAACGUGGGGUCCCUGGUGAUCCAGGGCCUACAGGAUUUCCUGGGCCCCCAGGGCCAAAGGGUGCGAAAGGUGACACUCGGCCCUGCAGACCCAGAAAUCAUGGUGUCCACGGAGAGAAGGGAGACCCUGGAAGUGCAGGCUACACAGGUUUCCCUGGUCCUCCAGGUUUUCGUGGUAUUACUGGACCAGAUGGACCCAAAGGAAACAAAGGAAAGGACGGACUUCCUGGACCACCUGGGAGACAAGGACCUCAGGGUUUAACUGGAGAUUAUGGAGAUGAAGGGUCUGAAGGCUUCAGUUAUGAUGGAGAUCCAGGCUCUCCGGGACUCCAAGGUUCUGCGGGUCUCAGUGGACCAACAGGAGACUAUGAUGUUGGACCUUCGGGCCCUAUUGGCUUUCCAGGAACACGGGGCCCUCAGGGACCCAAAGGCGUGCCUGGCACACCAGGCCAAGAUGGUCUGCCAGGUAUCACUGGUCUAGUUGGAGGCCUUGGACCAAAGGGCUUAAGAGGAGAGGAUGGAGCCCCAGGUAUAAUUGGCCCCCCAGGACCCAUAUCUGACCAGUUUGAUACAGGAAAACCUGGUGCAAUGGGCCAAGUUGGUCCUCCGGGAUCUACUGGACCUAGAGGUAUUUUUGGGGAGAAAGGUGAGAUUGGAGACGUUGGUUUUCAAGGAAUUGGCCCUAAAGGUUCUGUGGGUACACAGGGGUUUCCAGGUGACCCUGGGUACCCUGGUUCUCAGGGCCCCCCUGGACCUGGUGGAGAUUCUGGACUGCAGGGCACUGAUGGUCCAAAAGGUCUGACUGGGCCCCAGGGCUGGGAGGGAGUGCCUGGAACCCCUGGAAAGACCGGGUCCCCUGGAGCUCCGGGCAGGACCGGAGAGAGAGGGUUCAGUGGACGAGAUGGAGCUCAAGGAAGUAGAGGGCCCAAAGGAAAGAAAGGAUAUCAAGGACCACCAGGGCCUCCGGGACCAAGCAAAUAUAUCCUCAUUAAAGGAAGGAAAGGAAACCCAGGACAAGGUGGCGUCAGAGGAUUUACUGGACCACGAGGAAACAAAGGUACGCAGGGAGCAACAGGCAAGCCAGGGAAUCCAGGGUGUGAUGGACCCCCGGGCAUUGUAGGACCUCCUGGACCCCCAGGACCCUGUGGCAAACAAGGGUCUCUGGGACCUCCUGGACUGAAAGGGUUCCAAGGAUACUGUGGCUUCCCUGGAAACUGCGGAGAUCCAGGUGACCGAGGAUGCCCGGGGAAACCUGGUGAACCCGGUCCCCCAGGAUGUCCAGGCCCCAAAGGUGAUAAAGGAGAGUCUAUUGGUUGCCCUGGUCCAAAUGGGCACAAGGGGCCUGCUGGAGAACGUGGGCCACUAGGGCCUACUGGAUGUCGUGGAGAUCCUGGAGGAUUGGGUUAUCCUGGACCUCCAGGACAGAAAGGAUGCAAAGGACAUCCAGGACUCUGUGGAAACACAGGCCCAAGAGGUGUGAUUGGUCCCCCAGGUCCCAGAGGUCGGCCUGGUCCUCCAGGUACUCAAGGUAAAUGCGGGGAUAAUGGUCCUCCAGGAUAUAAAGGCUGCCAAGGACUCCAAGGUCCUCCUGGACCAUUGGGACUUCAUGGACUAGACGGACUGAAAGGAGUAAAGGGGGACAUGGGGACCAGAGGUCUGGGUUUUCCAGGUCUUAAAGGUUCCUGUGGUCUGCAAGGGGAUAAAGGUCCACCUGGUCCUCCAGGUCCCUGUGGUACAUCCAGUCCUGGACCACCAGGAUCCAAAGGAGCCCAGGGACCCAAAGGACCUCCAGGUGCAUGUGGAAAUCCAGGUGAACGUGGACCAAAGUGUAAAUAUCCAAUCAAAGGUCUCUGUGGAGAUCCUGGCUGUCCAGGCCCAGAUGGAGGCCCAGGGGAUCUUGGUGAGAUAGGGGAUCCUGGUCAAAACCCUCCACUCCCUGGGGAUAUUGGAGACAAUGGUGGUGUGGGCUGCAAAGGGUCAAAGGGACCGAAAGGAUGCCCAGGACAUAAAGGAAUACGAGGUUGCCCUGGAUGCCCAGGACAAAAAGGUAUGAAAGGAGAUACGGGACUGCUGGGAAUACCUGGUCCUCGGGGCUGUAAGGGUAUUCCUGGUCCCUGUGGACCUCCAGGACCUCGUGGACCUCCUGGAGCUUGUGGACUAAAAGGGGAGAAGGGUCGAGUCUUAUCCUCUCAAUGCCCUCCAGCUCCAAAGGGUGGAUCAGGAGAUCCUGGCUGCCCUGGUCCAUGUGGACAACGUGGUCUGCCAGGACAACCAGGUCCAUGUGGUCCUAAAGGUAUUAAGGGAGAUCCUGGACAUGAAGGAGGGAUAGGCUUUGAGGGACCCCAAGGUCCAGUUGGAGACCAAGGACAGCCAGGCCUGCCAGGAGAGAGUGGAAGAGUGGGAGAGAAAGGUUCUCCUGGUCCACCAGGUGAGCAGGGCUUUCCAGGACAAAUCAAAAAAAUGAACUUGGGUUUGUUGGUGGUGCACAGUCAAAGCACAAACGUUCCUAAAUGUCCACACACCAUGAACGUCCUGUGGGAAGGAUACAGUCUGCUGUAUCUGGAAGGCCAAGAGAGGGCACACACUCAGGACCUGGGUCAGCCAGGGUCAUGUAUGCCUCUGUUUUCCACGUUGCCCUUUGCUCCGUGUAACAAGCGUACCUGCUCUUACGCCAGUCGUAAUGAUAAAUCCUAUUGGCUAACGACGAUGGCACCUGUGCCACGUGAACAUGUGAACGGAUCCAACAUCAAGAACUACAUCAGCCGCUGCGUGGUGUGUGAAGCCCCAUCCUUACCCAUCGCAGUGCACAACCAGUACCCGGAUGAGAGUCUGGCGUGUCCCAACAACUGGACGGCAUUGUGGGACGGAUACUCUUUCGUCAUGCAUACAGGUGCAGGGGAUGAAGGUGGCGGCCAGCCUCUGAUAUCAUCAGGUAGCUGUCUGAAAGAAUUCAAGGCCCAGCCGUUCGUGGAGUGUCAGGGCCCUCGUGGAACCUGCCACUUCUUCGCCAACAUGUACAGUUUCUGGCUGACCACGCUGACCAACUCGACGAUGCUGACUGAAGUCGCAGAGCUGAAGAGCAGCAUUGCGAAGUGCAAAGUCUGCAUGAGGCUGUGA